AUGGUGGUGAAGCUACGCAAGGGUGUCGCCAGCACCGUUGCGAGCAGGGAUGUGGUUGAUACUGGUACUGGAGCCUCAAAGGGUGCAGCUCGAGCAAGUUCUUUCACGUUUGCGUUAAACGUUCGUACGACUUCCCAGUUACAACUUGAUGUAUAUUACUUUUCUGCGGUUGUAACCGAAGUGCAUCACGCAACGAGUCUGAACCAACUCGGUGCACAAAACGUCAUAUGGAGAUUCACAUAG